AUACCAGGGAGAACCCCGCACGUCCUCUGUCAAACUACGUCAUCAAGCCGCGACGAAUAUCAAACUGAACGACAACAUUCAUCAGGUGCAGCUGCGUGGUUUACUUGGAUGACUUAGGUGUGAGGUUAUGAGCAGUCCCAUGGCUGGCUCUGCUGCCUCCAGUUCUAAAGACCGGCCUGCUUCCAGGACCAGCUUUAUUCCAGAGCUACAGAGCAUGAUGUUUGCUCUGGGAGACGCUCGCAGGCCGCUGCAUGAGACAGCAGCUCUGGUGGAGGACAUUGUGCACACGCAGCUUAUUACCAUGCUGCAUCAGGCCUGUGAGGGUGCAGCUCUCCGAGGGUCGAGGGUCAUUUCCGCUGAGGACAUCUUGUUCCUGAUGAGGAAGGACAAGAGAAAGGUGGGGAGGUUAUUAAAAUAUCUUCAGUUCAGAGAUUAUAAAUCGAAACUACUAAAAAGUAUGGAGGAUGAAGACCCUCAGCAAGAAGCAGGGGGUGCUGCCAGUGGUAACCAGCGGAGGCAGCGAUUGGCCCAGGAUUUUCUAGUGUGGAUGGAUCAGACUGGGGAUCUCCUGUCACUGGCUGAGCGACAGGAAGUAGACCCCGUCAAACAGGAACGAAUGGAGCGUUUGGAGCGUCAGACUCGAUCGAUGGACCAGGCCCAGUACUCUGAAUUCUGUGAGAGUCGGCAGCUCAGCUUCGCUAAGAAGUCCUCAAAGUUUCGGGACUGGCUGGACUGCAGCACUUUAGAGCUGAAACCAAACAGCAUCGCCAUGGAGAUCCUGUCAUACCUGGCUUAUGAAACUGUUGCACAGAUUGUGGAUCUGUCUCUGUUGGUGAAGCAAGAAAUGACUGCAAAGACGAAUCCCAUCAGUCAUGUGAUCUCUGCCAGCUACAUCCACUACAACACCCACACUGAGGUAAAGAAAGAUCCUGACUCACCUGAAGCUACUCCUCCUUCUACUCCAGGCUCCUCCCACUCAUCAAAGCCUCUCCUGCAGGGUAAUGGCAGUCUGGAUGGCAGAGCGAGACAGAGGAAACGCAAAAAGAGCUGUCCAGCUGCAGUGGAGCCUCCCAGUGGAGCUAUCCAACCCUGUCACAUCAGAGAGGCCAUCAGAAGAUACAGCUACAGACACACAAGUGCUUAUUGGAAAAGUGGAAUGACAUUCCUCGCCUGCUGAAGACGACACAAACCUUACCAGAACCUCCACUGCUAACUGUAUUUUUUCCUUUUUUGUAAUAAAGACUUUUCUCAAGUUCU